AUGGUCGCUUCGCGUGCAACGUUUGUUGCGCUCGUGUGCGCACUCGCGCUCGCCUCCGCCAAUGUGGAAGAUAUGCAGAAUCCACUCACAGACGAAUUCAUCAAUCUCAUCAAUACGAAACAAAACUCGUGGAAAGCUGGCAGGAACUUCCCAGUGAACACACCGCUCACACAUAUCAAGAAAUUAACGGGUGUGUUAGUCGACACCCACUUGUCAAAACUUCCCAAAGUUGAACAUGAAGUUGAAUUGAUUGCGAGUCUUCCAGAGAACUUCGAUCCACGAGACAAAUGGCCAAACUGUCCCACACUAAAUGAGGUGAGGGACCAAGGAUCUUGCGGCAGCUGCUGGGCGUUUGGCGCUGUGGAAGCAAUGACCGACCGGUAUUGUACAUACUCGAAUGGAACCAAACAUUUCCACUUCUCGGCAGAAGAUCUUCUCAGCUGUUGCCCAGUCUGUGGUCUCGGAUGCAAUGGAGGUAUGCCGACGUUAGCUUGGGAGUACUGGAAGCACUUUGGUCUCGUGUCAGGAGGCAGCUACAACUCGACCCAGGGCUGCAGGCCGUACGAGAUCCCUCCCUGCGAACAUCAUGUACCCGGUAACAGGAUGCCUUGCAAUGGUGACUCUAAAACACCAAAGUGUCACAAGACUUGCGAGUCAAGCUACAAUGUGGACUACCACAAGGACAAGCGCUACGGCAAGCACGUUUACUCAGUGUCAAGCAAGGAGGACCACAUCAAAGCCGAGCUGUAUAAGAACGGGCCCGUCGAAGGUGCGUUUACUGUGUACUCGGACUUACUGAAUUACAAAAACGGUGUUUACAAACACACGGUCGGCAACGCACUCGGUGGUCAUGCCAUUAAGAUUUUAGGUUGGGGAGUAGAGAACGGUAACAAAUAUUGGUUGAUUGCGAAUUCAUGGAACAGCGAUUGGGGUGACAAUGGGUUCUUUAAAAUUCUGCGAGGUGAGGACCAUUGCGGCAUCGAGAGCUCUAUUGUAGCCGGUGAGCCGCUGUUUGUUGAAGUUUAG